CUCACAGCAGCACCGGGACUCUGCCAGCUCAUUUGAACCAUCAGGACCAUCAGAACCAUCAGCACCAUCAGGACCUGGAUCCAGUAUGGAUUCAAAGCGGAUCUCUUAUUCCUCUCAGCAGCAGGUCCGACUAAGGACAAAGCGGACAAAGAGAGAAUGGAGACCGCUGGAGGACCGGAGCUGCACCGACCUGCCCUGGUUCCUGCUCUUCACCCUAUUCUGCGUUGGCAUGGGCAGCAUCUGUGGGUUCACUGUCGUCACCGGUGGCGCCGCACGCCUCGUCUUUGGUUACGACAGCUACGGUAACACCUGCGGCCGGCGCAAUGAGAGGAUCGAAGGCGUGAAGCUGAGCGGGCUGGACCACACCGACAGGAAGUUUGUGUUCUUCCUGGAUCCCUGCAACAUCGAUCUGGUUCAGAGGAAAAUCAAGUCCAUGGCUCUGUGCGUGUCUCUGUGUCCCACUGAGGAGCUGAAGACCUACCAGGAUCUGAGGAGGUUCGCCAUGAUAAACGGCUCUGAGCUCUGCUCCUACGAAUUGCCAGCCCACGAUUACCCGGCUCAGACUGAACGGUUCUCCAGGUGUCCAAAACUUCCCGUCCCUCGCAGUAAGCCGCUGCCGGUAUUUAACCGCUGCACGCCGGUGGACGUCUCCUGCUACGCCAAGUUCGCUGAGGCUGUGGUGACAUUCGUGGGGGACAGCAGCGUCCUGCACCGACUCAUCGCCGGCGUUGCAGCCAGCAAGGAGAUCAUCAUUGGACUCUGUGUUCUUGCUUUAGCUCUCUCCAUGAUCCUCAUGGUGAUCAUCCGAUACAUUUCCGCUGUCCUGGUCUGGAUCCUCACCUCGCUGGUGGUCCUGGGAUCCCUGGCGGGGACAAGUGUCCUCUGGUGGCUCUACAUCGAUUACCGGCUGUAUGGGAACGACACGUCCUCCAAGGUGCUGAAGGAUCUGAAGGAGGAACCGAAGGAGGAGCUGAGAGACAGCGGUCAGGCACUGCUCGUAUACGCCGCCUCAGCCACCGUCUUCACCAUCAUCCUCCUGCUGCUGAUGCUCUUCAUGAGGAAACGAGUGGCGCUCACCAUCGCACUGUUCCACGUCGCGGGAAAGGUCUUCAUCCACCUCCCUCUGCUCACCCUACAGCCCUUCGUCACCUUUCUCGCCCUCCUGCUCUUUUGGAUCUACUGGAUCCUGGUGCUGCUCUUCCUGGGAACCACAGGGAACCCGGAGCAGAACGAGGAGACGGGGCUGACAGAGUUCAGGCUGACGGGCUCCCUGCAGUACCUCACCUGGUACCACGCUGUGGGUCUGGUCUGGAUCAGUGAGUUCAUCCUAGCCUGUCAGCAGAUGACUGUGGCCGGCGCCGUGGUCACCUACUAUUUCACAAGGGAUAAAAACCGGCUCCCAGUGACCCCGAUCCUAUCCUCGGUUCUGAGGCUGAUCCGGUACCACCUGGGUACUGUUGCUAAGGGAUCUUUCAUCAUAACACUGGUCAAGAUCCCCCGACUCAUCCUCAUGUACAUCCAUAAUCAGCUGAAAGGACGGGAGAACGUGUGCGCUCGCUGUCUGCUGAAAUCCUGCAUCUGCUGCCUGUGGUGUUUGGAGAAGUGCCUCAACUAUCUCAACCAGAAUGCAUAUGCAGCCACAGCCAUCAACAGCACAAGUUUCUGCACGUCUGCACGUGACGCCUUUGUCAUCCUGGUGGAAAACGCUCUCCGAGUCGCCACAAUCAAUGCGGUCGGAGACUUUGUGCUGUUCUUGGGGAAGGUGCUGAUCAUGACCUGCACUGCAUUCGCGGGCGUCCUACUACUGAACUAUCAGCGGGACUACGCCGAGUGGCUGCUGCCGCUCAUCAUAGUCUGUCUGUUCUCCUUCCUGGUGGCUCACUGCUUCCUGUCUAUCUUCGAGAUUGUGGUGGAUGUCCUCUUCCUGUGCUUCGCCAUCGACACAAAAUACAACGACGGCACUCCAGGGAAGGAGUUCUUCAUGGAUAAAGCUCUGAUGGAGUUCGUGGAGAGCAGUCGGCGAUUGGAGCGUUCAGGGGGACGUGGGCGGAGCCGGGUGAAAGAGGCGCCUUCGGAGGGGGCGGAGAUGAAGCCCAUGGCUCCAGGGACCAGUUCAGCUUGACCAAAAUCAGCCACUGGGACUUGUUAAAGAGACAUUCCAGAUGUUUAUUUUUACCAACGUGUAACAUGUUUACUAUGGUUUCACUCCAGGGAAAACAAUAUUUUAAUAAGAAACUGGAAAAAAAAAACAACGUAACAAUGUAAUGAAGCACUUUAUCUGGAAGCGCUGCAGAUUUUAAAACCGGCUGAUGCAUUUUUUUGUAGUGAUGUCCUUUUUUAUAAAACUCACCGCUCAGUUCCUAACGCCUUCCGGACACCUUACCUAACAUUUCUGGUGGAGCUGACUCCUCACCUGGACUCCCAAUUAAGGGGCGGGGCCUGUGGACAGGUAGAGCAGCAGCUGAUUGUGCCCUCCAGGGCUGUCGCCAUGGACACGCAAUGGCCAAUAGGUCAGGAAUCUGAUUGGCUCUCGGAUUGGUGACACGAUGCUGGCCGCUGCACCUACGAAGGGGAGAUCACGUAAUCAUCAAGGAAGCCUUUACCUUAAAAGAAAAGCGAAGGUGGUUCUGCUUGUGGAGGAACAUCUGCAUCCUUGGCUCUGAACGGAGAAAGGCGAUGUGUGGGCGGAGCUUCCUGCAGCAGUGGCAGCUGAAUUCAGACGGUCAGCAAUAACACCUGAACGAGUCUUCCUGCUUCUGUUCAUCCAGUCUGACUGAGUAGGGCAUCCGUCAGAUCUCAACAUCCUCCCUGGCCUCUUGGUGUGACACUGCAUUUCGGAGUAGGGGUGGGGUCGACCCUCUGGACUGUGUUCCGCUGAGCUGUUAGAUGUUGUUAGACCGUUUGUAGCAUCAGUUUGUAACAGCCUGAAAUCUCUUUCAGAAAUACGUUCACCUCCGACGUCAUCCUGAGUCCUAACCCUCCGGCUAGUUCAGCCGAAUCUCUUCUGACUGGAGGAAAACCGCUUCAUUAACCAGUCAGCUGGUUCUCACAUGGCAGAGGUGGAGUCAGAACAAAGCACCCUGGCAUUGGCUUCUUGGAAUAUUAUGAACCUUAUCAGUGGAUAUGAGGACCGAUUUCUGAGACAUUUUCCCAUCAUGCACCUCUAUCAGGGAACCUGAACGGGGAGCUGUUCUACAGUGUCCGGAUUGAUCCGAGUAGCCGAGCCGCGCAUGUCAACUAAUUGCACUAAAGAUGGAGUUCCUGCAACACUAACCGAGCUGUUGAGUUUUAGAUUAAACGUGUUUGUAGCUCAGAAAUUAAUUCACUUCAUGUUAAAAAAAAAAAAAAUCCCCAAACUAGAAGAAGAAUAAAUCCUGCUGCUCCGACGUGUUUAUUUCUGGUCAUGUGACUGCUGUCGCCGGGCAAAUUAGCUGCAGGAGCUGAGGAGUUUCUCUCCAACAUCGGCAUCACCUGAUUGUAAAAAAGCACAGAAAUCACCAGGAUCAGGAAGACGAACAGGAGAACCUUGUAGGGAUACGUUCAGAGGUCUCUAAACAUUUCAGAAUAAAACUGGAAGUCAUCAAGAUAUGAAGUUUGUUUUUAUCUAAUCAGAUUAUUUAAAGGGAAUUAAAACCUUAUAUUUAUAUGAAAUAUAUUGAUUCAAUGCAUCAUAACGUGAGUUUUUAAUUUAUCUUUCUGGCUGAGACCUUAUUGCUGUUCAAGGAGUUUAAACUGGUCCCACAUUCCUUAACUGGGUCUAGUCUAGGUUCUAAGUGAACCAUUUAACCUGUUUUACAAGUAUUUCCAAGCCAUCAGAGAUAACAACUACUAGAUUUAUUGUUGGAUAAACUCCUGAUUUGACUGCUGUUCAAAGAUUUAAACUAAGUUCUGUGAAACAGACCAAACUUAAGCAGAAACCAACUUCUUCUCUACAGCUAAUAAAACCCAACAUGGAAAAGGUUUCAUGCUCAAAUGAAGAAGCUGUAAUUUUGAGAUUUUAAGAACCCUGUCAGGAGUAAAAGCAUCAAAGACCAGAUUCAGUAAGAAAUGUUCUGCGUUUUGAGAUGUUUCUGGGCGAAUCAAACCUCUGGAGAAGGGAUCCUGUUUCUGUUGAAGGAAAACUCUUCAGCCUCCAUCCUACCAAUCAGAGCACAGGCUCCUCCCACUGAAGGUAAGUGAGGGUCAGAGAAGCUCUGGUCAGGUUCUGAUCCAGAGCCAAUAAGCUCUCUGGUUCAUCUCAGAGUGAAGUUUUAUUGGUGAGAAACAUCUGCAGUGACCUUCAGCAGGAGACCAGCUGAGGCUUCCUGCUCGUCUCCUGCAGAUGUUCCUUAACUUCCCUCUGAAAUUCCAACCUCUCUCGGAGCUUCUGCACUGAGAUUUCAGAGCGCUGGACCAGAGCGUCUCUGACUCUUCACCACCGGGUUUCGCCGACUGUUUGCAGCUGAUGCAUGUUCUGGAGGCUGCUCCUGAACUCAGAGAUUAACCGGCAGGUGUGACACUAGUGUUGAGCUUUUCUCUGCAGUAACCAGUCGUUUGUAACACUGAAGAACUUUGCUUUGGUUCUCUGUUGGUUUUUAUAUCAUUUCUUAUGUAUCUUUGUUUUAUAAGAAAAUUAUUAAAAGCAGAAUUUCAGUCUG